CUACCAUGGUAGAAUUACAUGUUUCGUUACAGAUUCGGCCUUACUCCCGAAGGAUUGUUCAGAUGCGCUGACAUUGGGUGUGACGGAGAGUGGAGUCUAUGCAAUUCAACCUCUAGACUCCGGUCGACCCUUCAAUGUCUACUGUGAUAUGGACACUGACGGUGGGGGAUGGACGGUAUUCCAGAGGCGGAAGGACGGCAGUGUCGACUUCUACCAGAAUUUUGCCAAUUACAGCCGGGGCUUCGGUGAUCUUGAAGGUGAAUUUUGGCUCGGCAAUGAGUUCUUGCACCGUCUGACUGAAGGGGGAUUGCAUGAACUGCGCGUCGAUCUCUCAGAUUUUGAGAAAGGGAUUCGGUACGCCAAGUAUGGGUUGUUUCAUGUUAGUGACGUCACUGACAGAUACAGGCUGACAGUGGCGGGUUAUUCAGGAGACGCAGGUGAUUCGAUGGUCUCCCACAAUGGCCAACAGUUUAGUACUAAAGACGUAGACAACGACAGUCGUUCCAGCGGGAACUGUGCCGUUGAUUAUCAUGGUGCCUGGUGGUACACGAACUGCCACGCGUCUAAUCUUAACGGGGACUAUCUUAGCGGGACCACGACUCAGGGUGGCCGAGGAGUUGUUUGGGUAACAUGGUUGGGGCAAACAUACUCUCUCAAAACCUCGGAGAUGAAAAUAAGAUUGCCUCCAUAAUAAGUUGAUCCCUGUUUGAUCCUGGUUGUGCUAUACUUGGAUUACGCCAAGAUUAUCUUUAUUUCAUGCGGUUACUUUUAAUACAAAAUUAAUGUUAUGAUGUUAUUCUAUAAUCUGACAUGUCAUCAACAUCAUAUAUUGAUAAUUUGGGUUUAGUAUACAGUGCUAACACACAUCGGUGUAUGGGUAAAAACCAAAAUUAAUAUUCUUUAUCCCCGAUGCAAAUUUUACUUCUCUUAUAAUCAUAGAUUAUACCAGUCAACUGAACCAGCCCAACUUGCUACGUAUUGUCAAAGGCAAGCGUUUACCACUUUUAGCCACUGAAACCACUGAUUCUGAUUUAAAUUGCGAAACUAUAAAACCUAAAAAGACUUGAACACGUUUUCCCAAUACAUUUUUUGGGGGAUUUGUUCACAGCAAACAUGAUGUGUUGAAUACAAGCCCGGUUUAUACUUUCUGCGACCGUGAACUCGAUACGAAUUUGACGUCGUGCUUUCCCUAUAGCGGUGAAUUUUUCGCGAGGCUGAUGCGAAUUAUUUGUUCCGAAUUAGUGACGUCAACGUUUGUUUCGCAUUCGCAGGACGAAUAAACGGGCUUAAAAGAACACGUUGCCUGGGAUCGGUCG